CAUGAAUAUGUACAUUGGAAACAAAAAUCAGUAGCUACAGCAUGUUGAUAUAGCAUGCUGUAAGGCAGUCCAUCAAAACAUGUWUUYUUUACAGAUUCAAACAGUUGAUAUAAUUUGCAUCAGGCUUUGAGUUGCAAUUCAACUUUCAGAUAAUUAGAACUUUGUUUUGAUCACAACAAACACAAAGUGUAUGGCAUGAACUUGGUGGUCUCUCAAUGGACCAAUUUACUASAACAAAUGAGGUAUUUCACAAUGACUUCUUGAGACUAAACUCAUGGGAUAGGCUUUAAAAAUAUUUCCCAGGUACACACAGUCACAUUCGCAGGAAUCUUCCUGCUGCCGACACUGAAAGAAGCCUCACAAAGAGUUGCAGCGAACAACUCGGAAGCAACAUUAGAUUAAAGAUUUUCAUACUGAGGCUCCAUCUUCCAGCAAACGCUGUGGGAAUCGGUGAUGUCUUCCUCUAGAUCUGUUUCAAACACUUCUGUCAUCAUUCACCCUCCAGGUUUCUACAUUGUUGGAUUUGAGUCAUUUCCCUUYAUAUCUGUGUAUUUUAUCUUCCUGGCAUUUGUKUAURUGUUUUCAGUKAUGUUUAACUGUUUGCUGAUUUAUACAAUUGCUGUGAGUCACAGUUUGCACACUCCAAAAUUUCUGGCCAUCACCAACCUGGCAGUGAUAGAUUUAGUGCUUAACACCUGCACCAUUCCUGGCAUGAUAAAGAUUUUUCUCAUCAAAGAUAAUUUUAUUCCRUUUAACYUGUGYYUUGUUCAGAUGUUUGUAUAUUAUGYAUUUGCAGSUCUGGAGUCUUAUGCACUCACUAUACUGGCCUAUGACAGGCUGAUUGCUAUAUGUUUCCCCUUCAGGCAGAACUCAAUCAAYACAGUGCGCAGCAUGUGCUGGAUUAUCAGCGUUACCUGGUGUUUAACUCUGGUAAUGAUAACAUUCACUACAAGCUCAAUGACCCGACUGUCUUUUUGCAACUCUGUCAGGGUGUUCAGUUAUUUUUGUGACUAUGCACCUGUGUUUCGACUUGCCUGUAAUGAUUACUCACUGCAGUGGUCUGCAUCUUCAUCCCUCUCUGUUCUGACCCUGGGAGGACCUUUUAUUUUCAUUUUCCUCUCCUAUGUGAGCAUCCUGGUGACUGUGUUCAAGAUGAAAUCUGUGGACCGACGAGUAAAAACUUUGGUCACAUGUGUUGAACAUAUUAUUGUUGUUGCUAUAUUUUAUAUUCCUCUUCUUGUUAUUUUCAGCAUUGGGUUUUUUUCAAUGGUUGUGGACCCAGAGAAGAGAGUUCUGAGUCUGUCGCUGGCAUCUUGCAUGCCUCCUUGCAUUAAUCCUAUUGUUUAUUCUCUGAAAACUAAAGAGAUUAAAACCAGAACACUAGUUUUGUUUAGAAAAACCAAAGUUAGUACAAAAUUCUAAUAACAAUCCUUGCAGACGUUACAGUGAUAAACUGGAAGGUCUGAUCAAAACAAGAAUAAAAAAUUAAAAAUAAUUUUUGUUCAGUUCACUAAUGAAAAUGUAUGGUAAAUUUUUAUUUUGUACAUAUAUUGUUACAAUUAAUAUUUUCUGACUUAGUUGUGUGUCUUUAUUUUCUUCUAAUUAGGGAACAUUUGAUAUAGAUCUUUCUGUAAAGCCAAAUGUUUUUUGUUAUUUCCAGUUAUCAAGAGAUUUUUUUCACUGCUGGAUUGCUGAGUUUCCGUUUCUUAAGCUCCUUUUAGAUAUUUGAUUGUAUCUAUAAUCUAUACUGUAACUAUUAAUCACCAUGAAUCUAGACUAGUCACAUGUCUAAACGUGUGUGAAAAUGUGCGUGUUAGUUAUGGAAAUUUUCUUAGUUUGCUUGGUUUGUCAGCAAUAUUAAUAGAUUUCUUAAAACAUACUCCAUAAAAUGUAUCAUAAUAUUUUUGAUGUAAAUUAAUGUUUCAGCUCAUUAUUUUCAGUUGCUUUUAUUUUGUUAGCACAGCUUAAAACUAUAUUUGAGAAACUCCACAACCACCUGAAAAUGACGGACAAGAGAAAACAAACCGGGUCACUAUCUUGAUGCAUGAGGACAUCAGUAAAAGGUUGCAGCAUUAAAUGUACGGUACUCCAAAAAUAAAUCAUAUGAACGUACAUACACAGUAUGAUGAAAGCCUGACCUCUAGUGGUAAAAUGGGCUCAGUACAUGUCAUAUCUCAGGCUGCCGC